AUGAUGAACGAUAUAGAUUCAGCGGCGUCGCCAUCUAAUACCUUUAUACAACGCCAGAACCCCUUGGUCAAUUCGCAGUUUUAUCCUAGUAAUCGUAACCAUAUCAACCAGAGUUACAGCCAAGGCCAGCUCGAUCCGUCUCACUCCGCCCAGAACCAGCACCUAAACCAGCCCCGGCAACCACUACAGCAACAAUCGCCCGUCUCCGCGAAUACCUCACCGCUGGUGCUACAUACUCAACCACAACGAAGCACCACCACAACCAGUAUCCGUCUGAUCCCGCCUCAUCAGAACCCGCUGGCGGCGUGGAACCAGCCUAAUCUUCGACACUACCGGCAAUCGCCGUUGCAUCCAUCUUCAAAGCUAUAUUCGCAGCCCCCGCAAGUGUUCAACUCCGAGUGGCUAGACGACGAUAUCCAAUCCCCGCUAAAUUCACCAACGGGCAAGAAAAAUCACCUUGAAGCGAAAAUGUCCACAACUGCAACUACUAUACCUGCUCAAACCAUGGCUACCACGCCGUUGAAAUUGAAAGCUGACGGAGGAGCAGCAGCUAUCUCCACGUCGAUGUCGCGGGGAUUGAAUUACAUCACGCCCGUGUCUGAUCGCGUCGUGGAUUUGGAUCCACAGCCGAUGGCAGACGUUUCCAUGUCAAACUCCAACGCGAGCCUAGCCUCGUCUUCGACUUUGCCAUCACAGCAGCUACAGCAACAACAAAAACAAAUGACGCAGCAGCGGGGAGGGGCUAGAAUUAGUCAAUGGAAGAUUUUUUGGGCCAUGUUGAAUGAUAUUGUCGGCAAGGACAAAUUUGCCAAACUCGGCCAAUACACUCUCAGACUCUUGGUUUUCCACGCCAACUCCACCCAACACUAUUUGUCCGACGACGUGCUCAACAUCAAGAGCAUAAAUCUAAGAUACAAUGACUCGGAAAAGCAAUUGGACUUGAUUCGCAACUUCAUCAAACACCCGGCCGACUUCAUCCGGAUCAUCGUUAUUCUCGUGUCUUCGAUAUUUAAAACCAGGGUCGCUGGCUUGAUCACGGGGCUAGGCAUGUAUCGGCAAUUUCUCAGAUUCGGCAAGACCCCGUUCCGAGUCCGCGAUAUAGUAGUCAAAUUUCAACAAAAUGUUCAACUCAAGAGUAACAACGAAUUGCAAAUUAACCGAUCGGAGAUUUUCAACCGCAAGACAUUGGCAAUGUUUGCCUCGUUGUACUAUGGGAUCAACGACGAGUCGCUCUUGCUUUACAAGGUCAACUUCCUCACCAAUGCCAGCUACAAGGACUUUGCCGCGAAACACGAAAGUUACGCUUGGUACGCAGAAACGUGGAUUGCGUUGUACAAUGCGUAUGAAAACCUUUCGAAUCUAACGCAGCAGGAAAUGGAUCUCAAGAUCUCUAUCCAAGUCAAGAACAAAGCCAAGAUUCUCUCCAAGCAGUUAUUGGGCGGAGCCAAUAUACUCCACCAGAACAACCCAGGCUCCAACAGCGAAGACCAAAAACAACUAGUAGAGAUCCAGUUUAAAAAGAACAACGCCUGGAUAGAUAUUUAUAAAAACUUGGCCGACUUGGGAUUCAACACCUAUACCGUGUUCAAGAUCGCGUUGCCUUUCCCCACGUGGCAGAUCUGGAUGGGUAUUGCUGCUAGUGCCUUGAGCAGUGUCAAGUUGUACCGAGAGACGAGACUGAAGAUGGUGAAGGAAAUACAAGACUAG